AUCAUUAAGUUAAAACUAUCGUAAUUCCGAAGAUGAUUCAAUUAUUGUAUAUUUUGUUUGCUAUGGAUAUGUUUAACCUAGCAAUCUUUCUUCCAAUAUUUAAUGGAUUUGCCAUGUCGUUGGGAGGAACGCCGUCCAUAAUUGGUUUGGUAGAAUCAAGCUAUUAUUUGGUCUGUCUAAUUUGGAAUCCUAUUGCGGGUAGCUUAAGUGACCAUAUUGGUAGAAAAGGACUUUUAACAAAGUGUUUAACAGCAAGUGCGAUAGGCUAUGUUAUUAUAACAGCCUCUACAUCCCUUUCAGCUGUUUUUUUAGGACGAGUUAUUUCAGCAUUCGGCGGGUCAGUUACCAUACUUCUAAGAUCUAUGGUAGGUGAUAUUUACGAAUCACCAGAGAACAAAAGAGAGUUUUUUAGGCAUAGUGCAUUAUUAAAUUGCAUGGCUUUUCUGGUAGGCUCUGUAAUAACUGGGUUUUUAAGUGAGCUGCAAUAUGGUUAUAGAUUGUGUUUUUUACUUAUGGUCUGCAGUAUGAGUACAGCUAGCUUUCUAGCCCAAUGCUCAUUACCUCAUAAGACAUACAAACCACCCAAAUCUAGUAUGAUUCAAGAUCAGUCUUUAUUCAAAAGUGGAUUAAAUGAACUUAAAAUAGCUAUUGCAAACCUAAAAAACAUAUCAUGGCCUAGAUACAAAAGUUUAUUUAUAAUAAAAGCAGGAUUCGAUUUUGCGAUUAUGGUAAUUACUGCCAAUAUUGGUUUGAUAUUGUUAGAAGAAUACAAUAUUAAAGGACGUUACUUAGGAUUUACAUUUUUACUAAUAAGUACUGUUUCUAUAGUUACAAAUAUGCUGCAAAUAAAAAUAAUCCACUUUUUUGGUAAUAUUUCAGAGUAUGAUAUAUUAAUCAGAGGAGGCAUGAUAAUGAUAAUAUCUUUUAUUGGAAUGGCUACUUUUGUUCCAGUUUUGCUAUUCCUAAUUUUCAUGAUAGUUAAUUUCAUGAUAAGAGCCUUUGUGGAUACUUUACUAAUUCAAAUAAUAACGAUCAAAACAAGAGAAAAUGAUCGAGGAAAAGUGAUUGGAGCAUUUGAGAACGUGCGUUCACUAGCUGGAUUUUUUGCUCCACCGAUAUCUGGCUUAAUAGCUGAAGUAUAUGGGCCAAGAAUAGCGGUUUUGUCAGCUGUAGUACCAUUGACAAUUGCCUUGUCAAUGGUGAGUAUUGCCAAUAAAAAAAAAACAAAAUCUAAAUAAACAUUAGUAGUAGUUUAUAUUAAAAAAAUAAUUUUUUUAAAGUUCA